AUGUCGUUUGUCAACAUCUGUCGUGACAACACCGACCCGUUCUACCGGUACAAAAUGCCCACCAUCCAGGCCAAAGUGGAGGGCAGAGGCAACGGUAUCAAAACCGCCAUCCCAAACUUAAGCGAGGUCGCCAGAGCCUUGGGCAGACCGCCAGCGUACGUGGUCAAGUACUUCGGAUACGAGUUGGGUGCGCAGACUGCAUUCAAGGAGGAGGACGACCGUUACUUGGUCAACGGCUCGCAUCAGCAGAACGAGUUGCAAGACUCAUUGGACGGCUUCAUCGCCAAGUUUGUGUUGUGUGGCGCCUGUAAGAACCCCGAGACGCAGAUCCAGAUCAAGGGCAAAGGGUUGUUGCAGAAGGACUGUAAGGCCUGUGGCCGUGUGACCGACGUGGACGUCAGACACAAGUUGUCGUCGUACAUCUUGAAGAACCCACCACCUUCCACGGGUAAGAAGGCCGCCACCGCCACCGCCAACGUUGUGGGUGGAGGUAAGUCCAUUUCGGACAUUGCGCAGAACGCAGACGGCAGUGAGUCUGCUGUUGGUGGAGACGAUGCCGAUGAUGGAGAGGAUGCAUUGACCAAGAAGAUCAACGCCGAGGCUGCGGCCUUGUCGGCACAGACCGUGGAGGUGGCCGACGACGACUGGGCCGUCGACAUGUCCAAGGAGGCCAUCGAGGCCAGAGCCAGAGAGUUGGAGGGUUUGACACUCAACGACACCCAGGCCAAGCUUACAGAGUUCGGCGAGUGGUUGUUGCAGGAGAGCCAUGAGUCCAAGGAUGACUUGCCCUCGGACGUCGAGAUCUACCGUAAGAUCGUCGAGAUGGAGCUCUUGGAGGUGGCCGACGUGGUGUUGGUGUUGGCGCAGGUGUUGUUCGACGAGAACGUGAUCGAGCAGAUCGAGGAGCACAACGGGUUGUUGGCCAAGUUGAUCAACGACAACGCCAGCUUCGAGAAGGCGUUCUUGGGUGGUUUGGAGAGAUUCUUGGGCUUGGAGAAGCCCGCAUUGAUCCCCCAGACGCCAAAGAUCUUGGUCAAGCUUUACGACAAGGAGUUGCUCAGCGAAGACAUCAUCUUGAGCUGGGGCUCCAAGGUGUCCAAGAAGUACGUUCCCAAGGACGUUUCCAAGAAGGUGCGUAAGGCUGCCAAGCCAUUCAUCACUUGGUUGCAGGAGGCCGAUGAGGAGUCGGAUAAUGAGUAA